UGUGUCAGAGGAAUGGCAGAGUUUUCUCCCAGUGCCAGGGUAAGGUACCAUUUUUCCAGCAAGCAGGAGGAAGUUGUUUUAGGAGACGUCAUCUUGAAAGCUCUGUUAGAGCAGAAGGAAAGGGUGGAAGGGGAGGAGACUGUCAGAUCUGGCACUCUCCUUGUGAUUCAGGGAAUGAGGAGAGGAAAAACCUUGAUCAGCUCCACUUGAAAUUGCUCAAAAUGUUCACUCACUGUUCAGGUGGCUGGUGGCUCUCGGUGACUUCUACAUAAUGCAGGCAUAUCCCUGUCUCCAGGCUCUGUUAAAGGCAUUGCUCGUGUGCUGGUUCUUAGGGUGGAUUCAGGGAAAAUGGGUUUCUUGAGUUCUCUCCAGUUUUCUCCAGUUCUUUUCACUGGCUGAGUCCUUUCCGGCACCUCUGUUCCACGAGGUGGCACCGUUCCUUGGGAGAGGCUGCUGUGCUGCCUGGGGUCAGAGGGCUCAGGGAUGCUGCUUGGCAGAGCCCACAUCAGGAGCUUUCUGAAAAUGGCUGUGCUUUAUCAUUGAAAAUGGACGAUGAUGAUGACAUUCCCCAGCUUUCAUCCCAUACAUUGGCUUCCCUCCAGGAGUUCUAUUUGGAACAGCAGCAGAGAGAGGGCAUGAAGACCUCCCAAGGGUUUAAUCAAUAUUCCAUUGGCUCAAUAGAAGAAGACUGGCAACUGAGCCAGUUUUGGUACAGUGAUGAAACUGCAUCGUGCCUGGCUAAGGAAGCAGUUCUGGCAGCUGGAAAAGGUGGCAGGAUAGCAUGCAUUAGUGCACCAAGUGUGUACCAGAAACUGAAAGAACAGGAUGGUGAGGAUUUUUCCGUGUGUAUACUGGAGUAUGACAGAAGGUUUUCUGUGUAUGGACAAGAGUUUAUCUUCUAUGAUUACAACCACCCUUUGGACUUACCUGAAAAUCUCCUGCCACACAGUUUUGACAUCGUAAUAGCAGAUCCACCCUAUCUGUCUGAGGAGUGUCUUCAAAAGACUGCAGAGACCAUCAAAUACUUAACAAAAGGAAAGAUUCUGCUUUGCACAGGUGCAGUCAUGGAGGAAGAGGCAGCAAAGCAACUUGGUGUGAAGAUGUGCAAGUUUAUUCCAAAACACUCACGAAAUUUAGCCAAUGAAUUUCGAUGCUAUGUGAACUAUGCUUCUGGACUGGACUGAUUCUCCUAAGAUCAUCUACAAAUCUACAACUUCUUCAGUCAAGCUUCUUUCUGUUAACUGUCAGUUACGCCACAGUUCUCAGGGCUGAAAUAGUCGGCUCUGAGUACUGUUUUCUGGGAUAACUGGAAUCAACACGGUGUGAUAGCCUCUCUCUCUUAAAUGAGUAAGCAUUUGCAGUUACUGUGUUUCAUAUUAGGUAAAUGCAGACCAAGCAAUGCAGGUGCUGGAUAAUGGGAACUUCUUUGUUAGAGUUUCAUUUUAACUGGUAGCUUUUACCAUUUGAGGACACAACAGUGACCUCUUUGAAGUGAUUUUAGCUUAUAACAACACAUAGGUGUUUGCCUUGCAGGCAUCAGAAUUGUCAUUGCCAAAGAACUUGAUACUUCUGUAGUAAUGUGACCCAAACAUGUCCCUUAAAUCUUGAACCAUAAUGGCUCUGAUUAAAUAUAAUGCCUGCAUUUUAAUAAUUUCAGUAUCAAACUAAAGAGGAUCUACAGGUAUGUCAAGUUACAAGAAUGGUAUGUUUUUUUUUUUCCAGUUGCCUGGUUUUUUCUUUUUCUCUUGUUCCACAGACAGCAGCAGAGCAGUAGAAUAGAAGCAUCUUAAAAAUCAUUGAAUCUUACAAAGCCACUGAGGAUUAACAUAUUGAUAAACUCCCACUGUUUCAAAUAGAAACAUGUUAGAUUUUAUAUUCAAGGUUUGGACUAUAUUUCAGUCAAAAUAGAUGAUAAAUUGGAAAAGCUUUGCAUAAGUAGAGAUUUUUGAUAACUGGGAAUUUUAAACUCGGUUUUGACUAACCUUUUGACUACACUACUGAAGUAUUUCUGUGUGGAAAUUAGUUCAUAAAUUUCAAGGCACUCAACACUUUUAUAAUCUCUAAAACACUCUACAAAACACAAGCACUUGUCUUUGUAUGUCAUACUGUGUAAAGGCUAACAGAAAUGCUGCAUCUACAAAACAAAUCAUGUAAAAUCAAGUACUAAAUUUAUUUUGUGGUGGCAAUAAGUCUAAUUAAGCUUGUGAGGUGAGACUUUUUAUAAGGCAGUGAUAAUACUCACGUUUCUGCUGUUUGGAUGCAGAUUUUCCCAUCUGGUGGAGUAAACAGCAGAGCAGGAAUAAUAUAGAUGGAUUAUAAUCCUCUCUCAGUGCUCAGAGAAUGGUGUUGUCUGAGCUGAACACAACAGUGGUUCAUACCCACCCAAGCCACUCCCCAUUUUCCAAGAGAUCUGUUUGCUUCCUAAGGCUUUUCCCUCCUCACAUUUUAUACCUGCUGCUUCCUCCCUGCAUGUAGUGUUCCUGGGUUCCGUGGUAACAGUUUUCUUCCUCUUUCACAUGCCUUGGUUUCUGUCAGGCUGGUCACAGGUGUUGUUAAAACAAGGGACGUGCAGCAGAGGAAGCGCUCAGGGAGAACAGGCACUGGCCUCUCCUUGCUGCUGAGCCAGAAUUCCCCUGAAAAUUAUUGUCCACAGGUGAAAUACACCUGGGUUUAGUUGUUUUCUGGGAGGCUACACCAUCACUUUCAUGUGGCCCAUUUGAAAAUAAAGCAAACCAGAAUGGUAACUGCAUAGCUCUUGGCACUAGUCUGUACUUUAAACUGCUUUAUUACCUCAGUGUCUUGCACACCAAGCAGAUGGAGACAAUGAAGUAACUCAUGAAACUUUGUUUUUAACUACAUAGAGGCUUCAAGUGGGACAGGUAUGGUUGCCAGAAGGGAUGAUACUGUUCCCCUGCCACCCACCUAAAUUAGAAUGUGCUGUUCAAAUCGAAGCCUCAUCUAUUUUGCUGCUUUGUUCACUUCCUUUUGGUUAAUGUGUAUUAUUGGGCUCUCCAUAGCAAAGUUAAAAGUCAACUUUGCUAACUUCAUCAGAGAUAUUUCUUAAAAAGAUAAAAGUGCACCAUUCAGUUGUACCACGAAGUUCACUUCCAAGAAAAUCACUGCUGCUUCUCACAGGUAGGUCAGACUGCUUUGAAAGGGGGCACUGUGAAGAUGCAUAGUUACUGAACUGAGGGUACAUGAAAAUCUGUGCAGAUGCAUUUAACAGAGCAGCCCAUUGUCCACCAGCUUCUCUCUUAAAAGUGAGUGCAGGCAGCUGCCCAAGCAGCUUGACUAGUGGCAUUUACAGCCUUCAACAGUGAUGGGAGGUAAGCUAUUUUUGUCAUAUUUUAUUCCAAAGAAGUAGCUGUUUCUGAGAAGGGUACAAGUCACAAAAAUCCAUAGUGAAUUUGUGUUUUGUGCCAGCGUGGUAACUUUAAGAAAUAGUAUGUGGCAGCAAAACCCUCUUUUCUUCUGUAACAGGAUUGUGAAUAAAAAUGUCAGUGUC